CAGCACUGUGCUGAUUGGUGGAUAGCGGAAAACCAAACUGAGUGUACAGGAAGAAUUACUUCAGAAUCUCUGUUUAACACGAUAAAGUGGUAAUAGAUGAAGUUCAGGAAAUAUGGCAAACCUGAUUGAGUUAGAAGAUACUGGGGAAAGGUUGAAGGAUGCCGGGGAAACAGUGGUUGAACUUCUGGUAGAUCUAGAUAUAUUGUGUAGGAAACUGGAGUUACUUGGCCAGGAGACGUUGAUUUUCUGCUCUGGUUCAGACGGUGUUAUAACAUCAACUGUAGCAUCUUUAUUCUUUAAACAAGUAGAUACCGUCUUUGCAAAAUUUAAAGAAUUCUGUACACAACGACCAACAGUAGAUCAGUUAGUUGUGCCUCCAAAACCUGAUACAGAUAGUGCAUCCAAGCAUGAACCAGUGGAGGAUGAGUAUGAUGGUGACACCGAUGAUGAAGUUGGAGACUUUGAUAAGUCAGAGAAUACAGCUGAAGAGACAAGAGAUGAAACAGGUUUGAAUUCUGAAACAUUGGUUACAGAAACAUCUGAUGUUCAAGAAACUGUUGAUAGUAACACUGAAGUUCAAACUUCAAAUAAAAGAUAUCUUGAAAAUGGAAGGUUGGGAAAUGGAAUAAAAAAGACAAAACUAGAUGGAACAGACUUUUUCUCUGAUAAGAAAAAUUUACUUCCUAGUGUGUCUGUGAGAAGAAUUGAUGAAAAGAACGGACCAGGAAAUCAUUCUCAGAAAGACAAGAAAUAUUUGGAGGUUAACGAUGAGAAGUUACUGUUGUUGACACCAGAAGAGUCGGGUCUAGAUUUAACACAGGAUGAAAAUACUCCAUUCAGUUGUUUCAAGUGUGAAAAAAUAGCCGGUGGUUUGAGCAGGUUGCGAGAACAUCUUACGAAGGUUCACAAGAUUAAAAUAGGCCAUCAGUGUGUUUGUGGACGUUUCUUUCAGGAUACUGCAUCGUAUAAUAAACAUACAGACAACAAAUGGUACAAUAUGUAUCACCAUGAAUGUCAGCAUUGUAAAGGUAUCUAUCCUUCAGUCAAUGCCUUAAAAUCUCACAUGAUGCGUGUUCAUGAUGAGAAUUCUGCAGAUAUAAUAGUCAGUCAAGCUGAAAAGCUUGGAGACUUUCCUUGCUUGAAAUGUGAGACAUUGUUUCAUCAUGAACAGCAUCUUAUAGACCACAAUGACAAUUUACCUGACUGUGAUGUUGCAGUGAAAGAUGAUAAAAUGGUUGAGAAAGAUUUAGCUGACUCUGAAAUAGUGUACAUGAUCGAAGACGGAAAGGAUGUCAAAACAACAUACGGAAAAAUUAUGGCUUCCCAGAAGUCUGCACCAUAUACAUGCCCAUGUUGUACAGACUCGUUCACAAGGAAAAGUAAUUUUCAGCGACACAUGUUGCGGCACCUUUCUCAAGGGACACAUUUAUGUCUGAUUUGUGGAAAUAAAUUCAAGGGAAAAGAUGGUCUUCAGAGGCACUUGAAUCAGCAUAUGACGCGUCCAUACAACUGUUCAAACUGUAGAAAUAGGUUUGAGACUCAAGCCGAGUUAAGUUUGCACAUGAGCAGUCGGUGUAAGGAGGGUAGCAGGGAUGAUUUUAAAUGUGACCUGUGUGAUCAUGUUGCCCCAAACAUGUCUUCUCUACGGGUCCAUAAGAAUAUGCAUGCAGGACUUAAACCGCAUGAAUGUGCUAAAUGUGAGAAAAGUUUUGCAACCAAGAGCAGUCUGGAGCGCCAUGAUGCAGUGCGACACCAGGAGGCUACUCCUUUCAAGUGCGGCCAGUGUGGUAAAGCAUUUAAAACGAAAGAUAACCUGAAAAAACAUUCUAAAGUCCAUCAGGAACCAAAAUUUUCUUGCGAGGUGUGCGGGAAAGGCUGGGUGGAGAAAUGUAGCCUGAGAAAACAUAUGCAGGUUCAUACAAAAGCGAAACCUUUUAUAUGUGAGCUAUGUGGUAAAGCAUAUGGAAGGAAAUCAUUGUUAGACAAUCACAGACGCCUGCACACUGGGGAAAAACCUUACAAGUGCACUAAAGAGGGCUGUGAUAAAGCUUUCCGUAGCUACUCCAACUUGAAACAGCACAUCCGUAAUCACUCUGCCACCCAUCCUUAUGUCUGUGAUGUCUGCGGUAAAAUGUUCAAACAACCCGGCCGUCUCAAUCAUCACCGUAAAGACCACACUGUCGAAUUCAGAUGGCCGUGUGCAUACUGUGAACAAAAAUUCAAAUCCAUUUUCAUGUACAAAGGUCAUCUAGCAAAAUUUCAUGCAGACAUGAAAAAUGACAUUGAGGAGAAAACAAAUAUAAGAUUGUACGAGUGUGAAAUGUGUCAUAAAAUGUAUGGUGAUAAGGAUGAUCUGACGCGGCAUAUAUACAUUCAUCAGAAUAUUAAACCGUUUAGUUGUCAGUAUUGUGGGAAAAGUUUUAACGAUAAGAGCAAUAUGAGACAGCAUGAAAAAAUACACACGGGUGUAAAACAUCAUUGGUGUGAAGUGUGUAAAAAAGGUUUUAUUCACAAACGUGAUUUGAGAAAUCAUAUGCAGACAAACCACACAAAAGAUGAAGACGAUGAUGUUAAAACUCCAAGAGAAAGGAAACCCAGGAAGAAACCAUUACUUAACAUGAACAGUAUGGCGAGCCAAGGCUCGUAUGCCGAGUUUACUCCAGUGCAAGGUCAGGAGAUGGACAUGCAGUUGAUUCAGGUGGAUUAUCAAGGGAAAAAAGGCGUGGAAACAGUUAUAGAGGAACAGCCCAGAGACCUUACUGUACAGCCGGCUCUAGCCUACCUUGGCUCACAUGGUGAGAUACCUAUGCAUAAUUUCCCUGUAGCGGCAGUUAAUGCAGCCACUGGGCAGAUUGAACCCUUGAUGAUUAUAGAGAACUACCAGUGAUCUGUUUCCAUAGCAACAUGGUGAAAACCUUCCAUUUACAGUCCUAGGCAAGGCAGAAGUAUCAUGCAGUUCAAAGCUGAAUUUGGUAUUUUUAGCUCACCUGUCACAAAGUGACAAGGUGAGCUUUUGUGAUCGCGCGGUGUCCGUCGUCCGUGCGUCCGUCCGUAAACUUUUCCUUGUGACAUCUCUAGAGGUCACAUUUUUCAUGGGAUCUUUAUGAAAAUGGGUCAGAAUGUUCAUCUUGGUAAAUUCUAGGUCAAGUUCGAAACUGGGUCACGUGCCUUCAAAAACUAGGUCAGUAGGUCUAAAAAUAGAAAAACCUUGUGACCUCUCUAGAGGCCAUAAUUUUCAAUGGAUCUUCAUGAAAAUUGGUCAGAAUGUUCACCUUGAUGAUAUCUAGGUCAAGUUCGAAACUGGGUCACGUGCGGUCAAAAACUAGGUCAGUAGGUGUAAAAAUAGAAAAACCUUGUGACCUCUCUAGAGGCCAUAAUUUUCAAUGGAUCUUCAUGAAAAUUGGUCAGAAUGUUCACCUUGAUGAUAUCUAGGUCAAGUUUGAAACUGGGUCACGUGCGGUCAAAAACUAGGUCAGUAGGUCUAAAAAUAGAAAAACCUUGUGACCUCUCUAGAGGCCAUAUAUUUCACAAGAU